AUGAGCAGGGAAGGUUAAAAUAUCACUAGUAGAAAUGACCAUAACUAAGUAGAAAAUAUAGAUAGCAAUUCAAUUUCACACAAAAAUAAUUCAGAAGCAAUACAUUAAAAUAGUAACUCUUAUGAAAAAUGUGAUGAUGAAGGAAAAAGCGUAAAAAGAUAUGUUAAAGAUUUAAAUGAAUACCAUCUUAGCUUUGAUUCAGAAAAAUAUUCUAACCCCUUAAAAUUUGGAGAUAUGUAUGAAUUCUAAUUUAUCAUAGGAAGAGGUGCUUUUGGAUAAGUUAUUUGCGCAAUACAAAAGUCUAAUAAAUAAAGAGUGGCUAUUAAAAUAAUAGAAAAAAAAUAGCUUAAAAAAUUUGAAGGUCUAGAUCAAGAAGCUAAAAUAUUACAACAAUUAGAGCAUUAACACAUCAUAAAAUAUCUAAAUUCACACGAAUCCAGUAAAGUUUUUAUGAUUGUUAUGGAGUACUUUGAUGGUAAUUCACUAAAUUAAUUCUUAAGAAAUCGAAGCAAACCUUUAAAUAAUAACGAAAUCAGAAGAAUUGUUAGAAAAAUACUACUUGCAAUCAGCCAUAUGCAUUCUUUAGAUAUCAUUCAUAGAGACUUAAAACCAGACAACAUAUUGAUUAAAGAGUAAAAUGGAUUGUUUGAUAUUAAAGUGAUAGAUUUUGGGCUUUCAUUUAAAAAUGAAAAUGUUGGUACUGUAAGUGAUAACUGUGGGACAUUAAUCUAUAUGGCUCCUGAAGUUGCAUUCAACAGACAGUAUUAAAGGUCUGUAGAUCUAUGGAGCACUGGGAUUAUUUAAUAUAUGCUUUUUACUAUGGGAAAACAUCCGCUUUGGGAAAAAAAAGAUGACAAAAAAACAUUUCUUAACAAAUUAAAGAAUCCUUAGUGGAUAUUCCCUGAUAACAUGGAUAAAGAAGCUAGGUAAUUCUUUUUAAAAACUGCUGCUAUUGUAGCAGAAGAUAGAAUGAAUGUAGCUUAGUGCUUAAAACAUGUUUGGAUUAGUGGUGAAGGUAAUCUUUCUGUACCUUUAACCAUGCAUGAUUAAAUUUAGUGCUUUUAGAAUUGCCAAACUCUUAGUAGAAUCUUUAAACUUUUGCUUUUCACCUAAUACAUCAAAAACCAAUCAAAAAAUAAAGGAUUCUAUGAAUAAAAAAUUAUUGAGAUUGCAGUUGAAAAAAGUAAUAGAAAUAUGAUGGAUGAGAGUAUGGAAGAUAUGUAAGAAGUAAAAGAAAAAUCAGUUUCUUUUAAUUCAGCUAACCUAGAAGAUAGCGUAUUACAUCAAAGGUCAGUACAGAAAUUCUCAAGUUCAUUUAUGUUAAAUAAUAACUAAAGUAGUAAACUAUCAAGCAAAAUAUUGCGUAAAUAAACGUUUGAUGACGAACAUUAUAUUUUGAAUGUCAAAAUGUCUUAGAGUAAAUACAACUUUAAUUAAAAGAGUCUCACUUUUAAAGAUCAAGUUUCAGAAAGUUAUAAAAAAUCAAAAGAACUAAAAGCUGAUGAAAAAUUAAAUUUAAAUAACUCAACAGAUGAAUCUAAUUCUUGCCAUAAAAGUGGAAGUAGCCACAAUUAAAGCUAGAACGAAUUUAAAAUGAUUUCAAGCAGGAAGGUUGGAGAGAUAGGAAUUGAUGAGGAUGUUAUUAGUCCAAUAGGAGUAAGCAAAGGAUUGUUAACUAAAUCAAAUGCAGUAGACUCAAAUUCAAAUGGGUAGUUUAAUAACCAAAAGAGUACAGAUUUAGGUGCUAAUUAGCAAUUUCUUAAAAAAUAAUCAAUAUACCACAUAAGAAAAUAUAAUUCUAAAAAAAAUUAAAAUGACCUUCAAAAUAAUUAACCAAUUUAAUUGUAAUAAGAUGAGCUUUAAAAUAGUAUAAAUGAAACUUAAAUCGAUUCUCCUUUAUAGUCAAAUGGGAAUAAGAAUAUUUUUUUCAAGUAGCCUUAAAAUAAGCGCACUAUUUAGUAAGUAAAAAAUGAUAGCCUUAUAUAAAGGAGCAGCUCAUCCAAAAUAAGCUUUAAUAUAAGAAGGAAUAGCAAAAGCAGUGUUAAUUUAUAAUAUGCCAAGUCAAAUACAUCUACACCAUAAAAUAAAAAAGAUGAUAUAGGAAAUAUCAGCUUUUACAAUUAAUACUAUAUGAACUAAACAAACGAUAAUUAAGAAUAUUAAAAUAAUUAGAAUUUUAGAAUGAACACAUUAAAUGAGUAGUAGGAAGAGAGUAUGCUUACUGAGCGUAGCAAUCCCUAAAGUACCAAUAGGGAUGAAAUAAUCUAAUCUAAUUUCAAUUUAAAAAAUACGAAUUAAGCAAUUAAAACUAUUGGAGGAGGCGAUGAUUAAUUUAAAAUACAAAAACAAAAUAAAAGUUAGUUGAAUGCAAAUUUUGAAUUAAAAAAUUUUUAAGCCUCCCCUUCACACGAGAAAAUAAAAAAUGCAAAAAGUAUAAACUUUAAAAAUACUUAUAAUGCUUUUAAUGACCAGAAAAUCAAUAGUUAAGCUAUUUAAAAUGUUACUCCAUAAAAAAAUCAAAAGUAAAUGCAAGCUAUUUUUUCGCCAAGAAGUUCUUGCCCAAUUAAUCAGACUUAGAUAGUUGAUAUCCCUAUAUAAAAUAGAAACACAAAACCAAUUUUUCAAUAAUUGAUAGAUAGUUAAUCUUCUACUAAUUCAUUAAACUCUCGUAAAAGUAAAGAUCAAGAAUUAAAUAGAAAAAAGAAAGCCACAUUAAAGUCUAAUUUUUAGGUGAAAGAGAUUAGCACUCUCAGUUAGUAAAAUAGUCCCUAAAUGCAUCAUAAAUUUAGUUUUUAAUAAGAAUAUUUAAACUUUGAUAGCUUACAAGCCAACUCAUAAGAAAAUGUGUUUAAAAAAAGAAGAUCCGUUCAAAAUAACUAUGAUGAAUAAUUUAAAAGUUCUUUAUUACAGCAUGAGCAAAUAAUAAUAAAAAAUAAUUAAAUAAACUAACAACAACAGUUAAAAUCUAGUGUUAUACCAAAAAUACAUCAUUCAAAUACAAAAGAAGACAACGAAUUAAAGUUACCGUAAAUUAAUUAAAAUUGGUAUUUUUAAAAUUUAAUUUAUUUUUUAUGUAAAAAAAUAGACCAAUAAAUUUAUAGAAUCGUUCAAUAUCAAUGUAAUAAAAUAAUAACGAGCGUAGUGAAUCAUAAGGCAAUUUAUCUAAUAUCUCUAUUAAUAGUUAUCACUCUGACCAACCAGCCUAAAAUCCAAAACUGCAAUAAAGCUCCAGCACAUCCAGUUUAAAAGCUUAUGAUAAAGCACAUACAAACCAUGCUCACGUAUAGCACUUAAAGUCUCACUUCUAUAAUGACAGCAAUAACAAUAGCAAUAGCUAAUAUCUUUAAAAAUAAAAUAGCAUAAGCAUAACAUCCAAUAAUGCAUUUAAUAAUAUUAAUCCUCAUAACCAAAAUUAAUUAAAUAUUAACUAGUUAAAUUCUUUAUAAAUAAAUGGUAGAAGUAGCUAUUCUUCUGCAACUAAUUACAAUAGUCCAUAAAAAAAAUCAAUCAUAAAAAUAAAAUGAUUUUUAUUAUUAUUAUUAAAUUAUAAAUAUUAGCCUUCAAUCAAAUUAUUUAAAAAAUUAAUUUUAAUCUUGA